ACCCCCCGCCUCCGGGAGCGCGCAGGCGCAGCGGCCGUGUGUCCCUCCUUCGGCCCGGAGCCGCGGUCGCUCCGGUGUGGUCUCCGCCACUGUCGCCGCUCACCAUGGGCCCAAGUCCCCGGCUGCUGGCACCUCUCCUGCUUUGCGUGGGGCUCGGCGCGCUGGUUCCCUCUUCGGAGGCUUCAGGCGUUCUCAAGCGAGGCCCCUCGGUGACAGCCAAGGUCUUCUUCGAUGUGAAGAUUGGAGACACAGAUGUUGGCAGGAUUGUGAUUGGCCUCUUUGGAAAAGUUGUGCCCAAGACUGUGGAAAAUUUUAUUGCUCUCGCGACAGGAGAGAAAGGCUAUGGAUAUAAGGGAAGCCAGUUUCAUCGUGUCAUCAAGGAUUUCAUGAUUCAAGGAGGCGACUUCACAGCUGGAGAUGGCACUGGCGGUAUGAGCAUUUAUGGUGAGACAUUUCCAGAUGAGAACUUUAAGCUGAAGCAUUAUGGCAUUGGGUGGGUCAGCAUGGCCAAUGCCGGGCCAGACACCAAUGGCUCCCAGUUCUUCAUCACCUUAACCAAGCCCAGCUGGUUGGAUGGCAAACAUGUGGUGUUUGGAAAAGUCAUUGAUGGGAUGACAGUGGUGCACUCCAUAGAGCUGCAAACCACCGACGGGCACGACCGUCCACUCACCAACUGCUCCAUUGUCAAUAGCGGCAAGAUAGACGUGAAAACACCCUUUGUGGUUGAGGUCACUGAUUGGUGACACAACUUGCAGAAAACAAGGAACCUACUUUGGCAAGGAUCACAGGAAGCAGCCCUCUCAGCAACUAAAUUGGCAACUGCAAAGACAACCCAGCCUGGUACUAUCCUUGGCUCCCUUGCCCACUUGCGUGUUUCUUCCACGAUUUCCUGCCUAUGUUCUGAUUUUGUCCAGCAGACAACUGAGAACCUGUUUGGGAAACCCAUCAAAAGCCUGCUUUCCUGGUCCUUGGCCAGUCCUCACCAUCAAUGUCAAAUUGAUGUUCAUCAGUGCAUGAAUUUUGGUAAAUCACUCACUUAGGGACUUUGAACUUAGACACAUCCCCUUUCUCCAUUGGUGCUAUUUGUAAACUAGAAAAACUUGAUAUUGGCAAUUUUUUUUUUUAAAGAACACAGUAAAUUUUAAUUGCUGAACUCAUUAAUGAUCUCCAUGUUGAGCAAUGCCAAAGAUUUGUCUGAAACCGAUGAAGACAUGACAUUUAUUAUUCUGUAUUCAAACAGAAAUUCGGGUAAAGGGAAUUUUGAUUAGUAUAAUCUGAUAUAUGUUAGGGAUUUUUUACCUGAUACAAAGGUGCUCUGGUGUUCUCUAUAUUAAAUACUGUUUUUAUGAAUGAACUCUUUCUGUAAGACUUUUUUUUAAAUUUAAAGUUUUUUAAAAAAUAAAAAUACAUGAAUUCAAAUGUUUAACAAUAAACAUAAAAAAGAGUUCUAUAAAUGAAAAUACUGAUAACACUUGAUAAUUUGGGAUGGGAAUGCAAUAGAAAUUAUGCCUGUCCACAUCUCAAAGACAUAAGCUGAUUAUUUACUGAUUUUUUUACUCAACGUUACAUUUUCAGAAAGUGUCCUUGAGUCUAGUUGCAAUAGGAAGGGAUCUUUUGUCACUUACAUAAUGAGGAUUAAGAUUCAGAUUGUAUUUAAACUAGAUGGGAAAGUAAAAUCCUAGUGGAACCUUGUAGCAGGCCCAUCCCUACUCAGGAUGGGAAGCUCAGUCUGCUAGGAAGAUGCUACUGCCCCACCUCCCAGGACUCAUGCGGUCAGGAAAAAACAUUCGUUUGUCUUCAAAGAAAAUUGCUUCAACGAGAGAUGAACUGUGUGUUUGUACUGUUGCUUUGUAAAGUAGGGAGCAAUUCAUUAUUUUUGUCUAACAGAUACUGUUUAUUGAGAGUCUUGCACAUGCUAGGUAGUAGUUUGAGUUUUGGGGACACAAGGGACAAGGAGAAAAGGGUCUCCCUGUAGAGUGGUGAGUGCGGUGAAGAAAAUGUGCCUGCGUUUGCUGGGGAGGCUGGGAGAGGAGCAGCCUUAUAGUGCCAAGGAAGGCCCCUGUGGGGUGACAUCUGUGCCAAGGCCUGAGGGAAGGGUCUUCCAGAAAGAGGAGAAAAUAUGAGAGUCCUGAGGUAAGAAUGAGUGGAUUCCAUGCUGAAGAGAAGGCCAGCCCGCUGGGGCCUGGCACAAGGAGCCGAGGUGAUGGGGGCUGUCGGGAAGUAGCACUGAGGCCGGCCCAGCUCCAGCCUGGUGCGGGUGAGGGGUUCUUGUAUUCACAGUGCAAUGAAGAGCUAUCAGUUUUAAGUUGGGGAGGGGUAGGAUGUGGUCUGCAUUUCAGAAAGAUUAGGCCUCUUGGCAUUCUGGCCCUGGCAGUGGAGGCCAGGGUGAACAUAUCCUGCUUUGUAAGUUUUCUUCCUCUGUAAAUUCAUCUUUCUCUUCUUCAAUAAACCUAGUUUCAUACUUGCCUUACAACAAAAAAAUUAUCUGCUAUGAGGAGAAUUUUUAUAAAGCGGCGAAAGUGAAAGCAGUGCUUAUCAGGAAACCCAAACCUUCAUAUCCUUUGAAUUCACACUCCUGGGAUGUGCUUUAGAAAAUGAUGUGAAAUUGCAACAGGCAUCAGUGUUGCGGGCCUCCCAGCAUGGGUCACUUGUCCUUAGAGUGGGCUGACUCUACAGAUGGGUAUUUGCCUGGCCUGGCAAGCUGACUCAUUCACUUGUUUGAUGAAUAUUGACUGAGUGUAGUGGAGUCACAAACGCUGUUUCCCCUCAUGGUUCCAGGGAAGGUGGCAAAUCAUCCUGCAUGAAUAAGUAACAGCAUGUCAGGUGGUGAUAAGUCUGUGAAUAAAACAGACCAGAGAGGGACACUAGAGCAUGAGACUGGCAGGGAAGGGCUCUGAGUGAGACGGAGGAGGCAGGAAGCCGGGGGGAUCCUGGGGCAGUGGGCUUGUAGAACUGGAGAGAAUCCAGGAAUGCAGAGUGGGGGAGAUGGCGAGGGGACCAGGCUGUCUUGUGGGCCAGCCAGAACCUUCCCUUGCCUGGCCCUGCUGACUGGCUCAUGCCCAAAGUGUCCAACCUCAGUCAUGUUAAUGAGC